CCUGAUACUUUACCGAGUGCAAGUUGUUAAUACAGUAGACUUUUCAAUCGUUUUCGGUUAUCACAAACACAUAAAAUGAUUCUAAUUUUCCUAAUUUUGAGUUGUCUCCAAUUCAGCUUCGCAGAGAAUCCCGUCUUCCCUGGAUAUUAUGCCGAUCCCGAGGGAAUUGUGUAUGGUGAUAAAUACUGGAUUUUUCCAACAUAUUCUGCCGAAUACGAAGACCAAACGUUUUUCGAUGCUUUCUCGUCGUAUGACAUGGUCAACUGGACUAAACACUCUCGAAUCAUUGAUUCGAAUGAGGUUGCUUGGGCCGAAAGGGCCAUGUGGGCACCUGCCGUUUUAGAAAAGUCUGGAAAAUAUUAUUUAUUUUUCGCAGCCAACGACGUGUAUGAAGGUGACAUUGGUGGCAUUGGAGUGGCCGUUGCCGAUCAGCCCGAAGGGCCAUAUAAGGAUCUAAUUGGCAAGCCAUUAAUCAACGACAUUGUUAAUGGGGCACAACCCAUUGAUCAAUACGUUUUCACAGACAUGGAUGGUCAAAUGUACAUGUACUAUGGUGGAUGGGGACAUUGUAACAUGGUGAAAAUGAAUGAAAACCUUACAGCAAUCGUACCGUUUCCAGACGGUCAACUGUUCAAAGAAGUAACACCACAAAACUACAUCGAAGGUCCGUUCAUGUUUAUUCGUAACGAAAAAUAUUACUUCAUGUGGUCGGAGGGCGGAUGGGGCGGACCUAAUUACAAAGUGGCUUAUGCAAUUGCUACGUCACCAUUCGGCCCUUUCGAAAGAAUUGCUACGAUUUUGGAACAAGAUGAAAAUAUAGCAACUGGAGCUGGUCAUCAUUCGGUCAUUAAAGUGCCCGGUCAAGACAAGUACUAUAUUGUGUAUCAUAGGCGGCCGUUAGGUGACAAUGGAAGAGACAGCCGUGUUACUUGCGUUGAUGAAAUGAAGUUCAAUGAGGACGGAACGAUCAUUCCAGUAAAGAUGACAUUCGAUGGUGUCGUCGCUCCGCUUCUUAGUGGAGGAUCGAAAAUCUAUUGGAGCAAUUCAAUUUGGAUAUUGUUCAUACUUGCGUCAUCGACGAUUUUUGUUCACUUUACAUUAUAGAAAUCAACUUA